AUGCGAUCAGAUCGCCCUCCGCCCGCUCCGAAUGAGGUCACGGAGUCCACGCAGCGUCUUCUGGAGGAUGCGGCACCAAUUGGACUGGAGAGAAGACGUUCCUCGUCAGUUGGUGGUCCCUUCUCCACUCCAUCGACUUCAACCUCCUCGGCUGGAGUGACUCCAGUAUCACCGGCACCGGCAGAACAACCUUUUGUAAGUGCCUUCAAGUCUUCUUUAUUGGAGUUUAGGGCUUUAAAUUAUGAUGUGAAAUACCUGCAGGAUCCACUGGGUGGUAUUUAAGAGAUCUCAGGGCUUUUGGUAAUCUAAAAUUCAAGAAAUAAUAUAAAAACCUCAUCUUUUAGCAAAACCACUCAGCGUCCUUUGGAAUCCUCAACCCCACAAAGCCAGUAGAUUCGGUUCCCGGCAUUACCGCGCCCAUCAGUCAGGUCUCUUUGAAUGAUUUUGUUGUUGUGAAUGGAGGUCCGGCUGCCAAUAAUGUCUUCCCAACAACUGCCGUCUCAACGGAGAGUGUUGGUUCAGCCAACGCGGAAUACGUUCAUCCACCUCCAGUGUAUGUCCAGAGUGAGGUUGAUCUUCGAUCCGCUAAAAUUCCAAUGAGCCUGGGACAAAACUUCGUCCAAUCGGAUCCAACGCUAACCGAACCGAUCCUGUUUUUCGAUGGUCCACAACCCGAGACAGAGUCGCAACAAACAGUUCAGGAGGAGAAAGUGAAUGAUCCGAAAACAGGGUAAGGAGUUGUGUUAAGACGCCGGUAAAAAGGUCGUAUUUUUGAAAGGUCAUCAUAUCUAAAAAACAGUACUUUUACCAUACCAUCUUUUAGAAACCGAGUUCGCAACCAAAGUGAACUGGAAAUCAACGCGCAACACUAUCGAAUGCAAAAGCAAUACAAGACGAAGCGGUCCCGAAAUCUCACGGAUAUCGACUUCGAAGGAAUCCUCAAAAUAAUUGGCGGCUGUAAUAUGUGGCAGAUUAUAAUCUACAUCAUGAUCUCGGCACAUCAAGUUCCACAUGCCAUGUUCAAUUUGUCGGUGGUCUACUUGACCUACCAACCCGAUCAUUGGUGUAAAAUCCCAUCCUUUUCCAAGGCCUACAUCGAAUCCCAUCGGAAUGACAUUGGGCCCGGUUGGACUUGGGAGAAGGCCAUUGACAGCGGGAUUGCAUUUCCGAUGGUUUCGAAUCGACAAAGAAGGGGGAAGAUCUGGCAUGAUCAAUGUAAUUACUAUAGACUGCCGAAUUCCGAGUAUCGAAAGUACCUCAGGAUGGAUUUUGAAUCGGCCAGGAAGCUGGCGGCCAGUCGCAAUCGAACAUUGAAGAUUGACAGAUGCAAGGUGAGAAAAGCCGUUUAAAAAUCUCAAAAAGUUUCCCCGAUGACUCUUGUUCUGUUCAACAAUUACAAUUUCACGUUUUCAGGCCUGGGAUUACGACAAAUCAGUAAUGAAAGACACCGUUGUAAUGCAAUGGCAUCGUGUUUGUGAUGAUAAUUGGAGUCGAGCGCACGUCCACUUGUCCUACUCAUUGGGCUACCUGGUUGGUUGUAUUGCCGGAGGCUUUGUCUCGGACCGUUAUGGAAGAAAGAGCGCCAUUUAUGGGUUCAGUGUUCUAUCCACAAUCUUCGGUUUUCUGUUGCCAUUCAGUCGAGAAUUCGAGGUGUUUCUGGUUGUUCGAUUCUUGCUGGCUGUAUGGUAAGCUUUUUGCCUUCACCCUUCCGUCAUGUUGGUCUACUCAUAGUCAUUGAUCUCUUUUCCUUUGGCCGGGACGUCUUAUUCUCUCAUUAUUGAAAUCCAGACUUUGUCUGAUCUCCCAUCCGUUUUCCUAUUUCCAUCUUUAUUGUAUUGUUCCUUAUUUUAGCAACGAAGCCGCCGAUCUUGCCGCUUAUGUUAUGUGUAUGGAAAUUACGGGUGUAAAGUACAGAUCGAUUGUGGGUUCUCUUCUCCAAGCCCCUUGGGCUUGUGGAUACGCCUUCUUGGCGCUGGUCGCUUACAUCUGCAAGUCAUGGGUUGGAAUCCAGGUAAGCUUGUCAUUCCCGUAUUUUUUCAAUCAUUCGUUCUUGUACAAUAUACAAUUUCCAGAUGGUGACAACAGUUCUCCAUUUCCUAGCGCUCUUCCUUAUCCAUCAUCUGCCAGAAAGUCCUCGAUGGUUGAUUGUUAUGAAUCGAGUUGAUGAAGCCGAGAAGAUUAUCCGAAAAGCAUGCCAUUUGAACAACAGUUCUUUGCCAUCUGAUCUAGAGCUGGUCAGACAUGCGGAGAUGAGGAAAUGGACCAAGACAAUGCAGCGACCACACUUUUUACACACCUUCAAAUCGCAGGCAAUGACUUUCCGGAACCUGAUCAUCUUUAUCGUCUGGAUCGCGACCGCUUUAGUGUACUAUGGAAUUGUCAUCGCGUUGUCGGAUCAAGUAAGGUCUUAUAAUUUUUUUAAAGCCAGCUUUCAACUUCUGACUGAUUUAAUUUGUCCACCAUGUAGCCUGAGUAUCCUAAACCCAAUUUACGUUAAAACCUCACCUUUACUUUCCAGAGUUCGCCCGGCAGAUCGAUGUUUGUUGGUAACUUCUUCCUGAACAAUGCCAUCGCUGGUGCUAUCGAAUUGCCCACUCUGUUGGCAUGCGUUUAUCUUCUCCAAUUUGGCCGUAAACGGUCUCAAGUCAUCACAUUGAUUAGUGCGGGUACCCUUAUUUUCAUUGCCAUGUGUGCUAGUCUCAAGGAAGAGAUGACUGUAAGUAUCUAGAAAAAACUAAAAAGCUAAUUAAAAGCAGUACCGUCUCCAUUUUUAUAUUGAAUGUCUUUUCAGUUCUCCUUGAUCUUCAUGUUGGCCGGGAAAGCUUGUAUCCAAGGUGCCUUCAACAUCUUGUACAUCUUCACCUCCGAACUUUAUCCCACCGUCAUUCGGAAUAGUGCAGUGGGGAUGUGCUCAAUGGUGGCUCGGAUUGGUGCUGGUGCAUCCGGCUACAUUGCCAUCUUGUCCGAUGUGACGUUGCCAGUGGUCCCCAUGGGAAUAUUUUGUAUUUUUUCGUUAUUCGCCGGUGUUCUCAUCUAUUUCUUGCCUGAAACCAGGGACUUGCCUUUGCCCGACACCAUGUGGGUAAGUCGUAUUUUAACAUUGCGUUUUACUCUUAUGAUCCGAGAGUGUUCGGGGCAGUUCUAUGAGCCUUAUCCUUGAUUCAAAUCAUAGCAAAUAAAAAAAAUUACUUUAUCAUACCUUUUCAGGACGCGGUGACCAUGUUGAAGAACAACAACUCCUACAAAUGCACGGGUGGGAUUCGUCGGAACUCGGUGAUCCACGAAGAAGAGGAGGAAGACGAGGAAUACAAGCAGUCGCCCACCUCCAAAGACGCGCCAGUCAACGAUAUCAGCACCAAAAAGGCGGGCGUCAAGUAG